GCCUGGAACCCUGGCUCAGGCAUGGAGAGCCCAGGCUCCACCGCGCACUGCCCGGUGCGACAGCAGCGUGCUCGUUGGGAACGGAAACGUGUCUGCACCGCUCGGGAGCUGCUGGAGACCGAGCGGCGCUACCAAGAACAACUGGGCCUUGUGGCCACGUACUUCCUGGGGAUCCUGAAAGCCAAGGGGACACUACGACCACCAGAGCGCCAGGCCCUGUUUGGGAACUGGGAGCGUAUCUAUGCCGCCAGCCUAGAGCUGCUUCCCUACUUGGAAGAAGGGCACUGGGGGCCGGGGCUAGAGGGCUUCUGCUCCCACCUGGAGCUCUACACCCAAUUUGCUGCCAAUGCUGAGAGUUCUCAGGCCAUCCUUCAGACGCAGCUGAAGAAGAAUAAACGUUUUCGGAGGUUCGUGCGGCUUCAGGAAGGCCGCCCUGAAUUUAGGGGUCUUCAACUCCAGGACCUGCUCCCUCUGCCUGUGCAGCGGCUCCAGCAGUACGAGAAUCUUGUCGUGGCCUUGGCGGAAAACACAGUUCCCAACAGCCCUGACUACCAACAGCUCACACGGGCUGCCCGCCUGGUGAGCGAGACUGCCCAGAGAGUCCACGCCAUUGGCCAGAGCCAGAAGAAUGACCAGCACCUCCUCCGUGUCCAGGCUCUACUCAGUGGACACAAGGCAAAAGGGCUUACCUCAGGGCGAUGGUUCCUGAGACAGGGCUGGCUUUUAGUGGUGCCUCCCACUGGGGAGCCCCGGCCCCGCAUGUUCUUCCUCUUCUCUGAUGUGCUCCUCAUGGCCAAGCCUCGACCCCCACUGCACCUGCUGAAGAGUGGCACCUUUGUCUGCAGGGCUCUGUACCCUAUGUCCCAGUGUCAACUUAACAGGGUCUUUGGCCAUUCGGGAGGAACUUGUGGUGGUCUGCUCAGUCUGUCCUUCCCCCAUGAGAAGCUACUGCUCAUGUCCACUGACCACGAGGAGCUGUCACGAUGGUACCACAGCCUGACCGUGGCCAUCAGAAGUCAGAAGAGCUAGAAGUGUCCAGCCCUACUGCAACAUGAUGCUGUCAUCUACAAAUGUGCUAUCCUGGGAUAUAUGUGGCAGCUGGCAUACCUAAGAAGAAUCUUAAAAUUCCAGAACUCAGGAUACUCAGGGA